CCCAGCGCCCGGGCCAUGGCGGCGGCGGCGGCGGGAGCUGCUGUCUGAGAGGCGGCUGCGGGCCGAGCGAAUUCGACCCACGAGCCCGGACCUCCGGAGAGGCGCGGCGGCGGCGGGAGCGCGGACGGCCGAAGCCGGCCUUCUUCUCCUCGGCUGCCGGGUCCUGGUGGGGGGUCUGCGCCCGGUCACCAUGACGACGCCGGCGAAUGCCCAGAAUGCCAGCAAGACGUGGGAACUCAGUCUGUAUGAGCUGCACCGGACCCCGCAGGAAGCCAUCAUGGAUGGCACGGAGAUUGCUGUUUCCCCUCGCUCGCUGCAUUCGGAACUCAUGUGCCCCAUCUGCCUGGACAUGCUGAAGAACACCAUGACCACCAAGGAGUGCCUCCACCGGUUCUGCUCCGACUGCAUCGUCACAGCCCUGCGGAGCGGGAACAAGGAGUGCCCGACCUGCCGCAAGAAGCUGGUAUCCAAGCGAUCUCUGCGGCCAGACCCCAACUUUGAUGCCCUGAUCUCUAAGAUCUACCCCAGCCGUGAGGAGUACGAGGCCCACCAAGACCGAGUGCUCAUCCGCCUCAGCCGCCUGCACAAUCAGCAGGCGCUGAGCUCCAGCAUCGAGGAGGGGCUGCGCAUGCAGGCCAUGCACAGGGCCCAGCGUGUGAGGCGGCCGAUGCCGGGGUCAGACCAGACCACAACGAUGAGUGGGGGGGAAGGAGAGCCUGGGGAGGGGGAAGGGGACGGAGAGGACGUGAGCUCAGACUCCGCUCCUGACUCUGCCCCAGGCCCUGCUCCCAAGCGACCCCGUGGAGGGGGCGCAGGGGGGAGCAGUGUGGGGACAGGGGGAGGCGGAACUGGUGGGGUAGGUGGGGGUGCCGGUUCUGAGGACUCUGGUGACCGGGGAGGCACCUUGGGAGGGGGGACUCUGGGGCCCCCAAGCCCUCCUGGGGCUCCCAGUCCGCCAGAGCCAGGUGGAGAAAUUGAACUCGUGUUCCGGCCCCACCCCCUGCUCGUGGAGAAGGGAGAAUACUGCCAGACUAGGUAUGUGAAGACAACUGGGAAUGCCACAGUGGACCAUCUCUCCAAGUACUUGGCCCUGCGCAUUGCCCUAGAACGGAGGCAGCAGCAAGAGGCUGGGGAGCCAGGAGGGCCCGGAGGGGGUUCAUCUGACACUGGGGGACCUGAUGGGGGUGGUGGGGAGGGUGGGGGUGCCGGAGGAGGUGACAGUCCUGAGGAGCCUGCCUUGCCCAGCCUGGAGGGUGUCAGUGAAAAGCAGUACACCAUCUACAUUGCGCCCGGAGGUGGAGCAUUCACGACGCUGAAUGGUUCGCUGACCCUGGAGCUGGUCAAUGAGAAGUUCUGGAAGGUGUCCCGGCCACUAGAGCUCUGCUAUGCCCCCACCAAGGAUCCAAAGUGACUCUACGGGGUAGCCAGGGAGAGCCCCCGUGUCGUGGCCCACCACCCUAGCUUCUUUGCUCCCAAUGCCGCGCAGCCAGCAAGAGGACACAAAUGAGGACAAGUGGCUUUUAUACAAAGUAUCUAUAUCAGAUUCUCUAUUGUUCAGAGCGGGGCAUGCGCCCCCAUCUACUGCCUUUUCUAUGCCUUCCCACUUCCCAUUAGUCAAGAUGAUGGGGCAGGUGAAGAACCCUCCCCUUCAUACCCUCUGACCCACAACAAAUUUGCUUUUUUUCUCUUU